CACAGACAGACACAUAGGAACGCAAUACAUACACAGACGAAUAUGCCGAAAAACCAUAGUUAGCACACACACACACACACACAAACGCACAUACAACAAAAACUUGCACACAUUUCAAUGAGUGUGUAUCUAUUUAGAGAAUAACGAAUUAUCAAUGCAGUUAGUUCAUUCGUAAUUAUUAUCAUUAUUUUACUGGCCUUUAAUGUGAGAAACUGUUAAUAUAAAUACAGAAAUAUAUCUUGUCCAAAACAGCUGAACAAUGUUGGGAUUAUUACUAUACAUAGUGGUAUUAGUAAUGUGCUCACUAGGAUAUUUUUACAUAUCCUAAUCAAUACAUAACAGCAUAACUUGCCACACAGUCAAUUAUUAUUUCUAACUCGUUCAUACAUACAUUGCUUAAUGCUUGGAUAAAUGAAUGUCUUGACGUAGGGACAGAUUACUGAAACAUUAUAACUGUGAUGUUUUGUCUACAAAGUAUUACAAACCACAGAAUUCUACAGUUCCUAUAAUUAAUCAUCUUGUAGAAAGGAAUACUUUCUGUCACUUUUGUGCCCUACGAAAAAACACACAUACCCACCCACACACACACAUUCAUAUAAUUCUGUUCUUCUUCGUGAUUUAUAUUUGAUAAUAGAAAUGCCAAUUACAUAUUUCAAUCCAUAUUAUUUAUUGAAUAUAAUUGUAAAUGCAUUCUUAAAUGUUGGAAUAGUAAUCCUACUAUCCAAUCGAGUUCAAUCGGAUAGUCAGCCUUACGGUGGUGCUCUGUUGAAAAUUGAAUGGGAUUAUAAUAAUCCUGGUUCUCUGCUGGAGAAUGGACAAACAUGUGAUCGUGUUGGAUCCCCAGAGUGUGAUGUUUACUUCACUCUGUGUCUGAGAAAUGCAGCCUCUGUAACAACUGACAUAGAUAAGUGUCAUCUUCUCCAGUAUACGACACGGAGAUAUGAUAAUGCUGGUUAUCUAGAGUUUCGUGGAGGUGAUGGAAUUGAAAUAUUUCUUCCUCAACCAGCUCCUAAUGAAUUUACAUUUACGAUUGGCAUAUAUGAUGAAGAUAUUUUUGGAGGUGCUGAGAAAAUUGCCACCCUGAUAGCACAACAUUUUACCCUGUUUCCAACAAAUCAAUGGACGGCUAUACCUAUGGUCAGAGAUACUAAUCAAUACUAUAACAACAUUCUUGUAAACGUGCGAAUGCAACUAAGUUGUUUAAAGAAUUAUUAUGGUAAUCAUUGUCAGAUUUAUUGCAAACCUGAGCCAUCUAGAUAUACAUGCAAUGCAGAUGGCUCAUUUAAUUGUACUCCAGGUCUAAGAGGGACAAACUGUGAUAAAGAAGAUUCAUGUUACUAUGAACCAUGCGCUGAUCAUGCUACUUGUGUUAAUAAAGACAAUGAAUCCGGGCGUAUUUGUGUUUGUGGUGGAGAAGAAAGACCAGAAUGUUACCCAGACUAUAAUCCGUGCCAGUCAAAUCCUUGCCAAAAUGGCGGUGAAUGUGAACUUAGCGGACAAUAUAAUAAAAGUUUUACAUGUCAGUGUACUGAACAAUGGACUGGACAUCGAUGUACUGAGAGACGGUCAGCGUGUCUAGAAGAAGCCUUAAAAAUUCAACAUUAUGAAAACCAGUCGACUGGAUAUGAUGCUAAUAGCACUGAUUUGCCUUCAGUUUGUUUAAAUGGUGGAACAUGUUUUGAACACCCAAUAAAAUUUGAAGUUAGAUGUGUAUGCUUACCUGAAUGGACAGGUGAUAGAUGUGAGUUGCCUUUGGAAGUGGUAUCUUCGAAAAUCAACUGGAUAUUACUCACACUAAUGACUGUAGGCAUUGUUCUCUUCAUUAUAGUCGUAUUACUAACAGUUGGUUUUGUCUGGAAAUAUAUGCGAAGGAAGCGCGCAGUCGAAUUGAAUGAUAAACACGGAGCCAUUGUAUACUAUCACAAUCCUAGAAAUUCAUCCCAAUCAAAUUAUGGUAGUUCAUGUCCAUUGAAUCCACAUUUCAUGAAUAGUACAUAUGAAGAUACUUCAAAUAAUCCACCAAUCAUUGUCAAGCCAUCUAAUGCUGUUUAUUCGAAAAAGUUAGAACCAAGUCCACUUAUAGAUGAAUAUGACGAAUGUGAUCCCUUAGGUAUAUAUGCUGGUGCAGAGAUAUACGCAACUGCAUUCCCACCGGAUGACAUUAAAGAAGAAGAAGAACAUAGUGGAGAUAUAGGAAAGACAGAUGAAAAAGAUAAACGAAUAUCAGUAACAGAGACAAUUGUAGAUCCAUUCGACGAAGAUGCCCCUCCACUACCGCCUCUACGACCAACAACAUUCGAUGCUUCACCAUACCAAUUACUAAAUGAAUGCACUCAACUAAUCGAUAAACAAAGACCAAAAUCUCCAUCAACAUUGAGUACAUUCACAAAUAAUUUCAAUGAUACAACAUCAUAUCAUCAACCAUCUAGUCUACAAUCUGAACAAUCACCAAGUGUUUCAAUCAUCAACUCAUCCACUUUUGAUAAUAAUGAUAAUAACAGUGAUAAGCCAACUAUUUAUCAGCAAACAACAAGUAUUAGUAAUGUUUAGUAAAUGCUCUUUUUUUACAUAAAUAAUUCCAUUUUUGAAUUUUACUCACGAUUCAUAAGUAUUUUUCUUAAACAUAUAGAAAAAUGAAUGAAAAUUUUAACAGCUGAUUUCAAAAUCUAAUUCCGGGAAUGUAUACAGUCUUUAUUUGAUUAAACUAGGAAGAGGAGUUUGAAUUAGGCGGUGAAAAUAUCCCUCUCGAAAUGUUUGACUUUGUUCCAUUGUUCAAUUCGCUCAAUUACUUUGCUUGUUUUGUUUUAAUCAGCUAUCGUGAUUUAUCUUCCUCAUCGCCUUUUUAAUCCUUUUUGCUUUUUUUACUGUAUGUAAUGUAUUGUUCACAACACGAGUAAACAUUAUUGUAUCUUGUAUUUAUAUUUGUGGACAAACGUUUCAAUAUCAUUCCGAUUUUAAAGUUGCAGUCUUCUAAAAGUUCUAAAUUUUGAAACUGUAACACUGAAUGAAUUUGUCUAAUUAAGGACUGGGUUAAAAAGAAAAAAACAGCGUCAAAACUAAGGUCGUUAUAGAAACGUCACAAUAAUGUAAAUAUUGUGAAAUAUUGUACAGAAC